AUGUUUCCUACUAAUCAUAAAACUAUAUUUGUGUUAGACCAUACGCCCUAUUUUGGGAUUUCUUCUGAUAAUCCCAUUGAUUUUGAUCUCUCAAAAAGCCGGGGACCUGGAUAUGUACCAUUACCACCUGUUUGUAAGUCACUCUGGACAUGCAGUGUGGAAGCAGCGGUAGAGUAUUGCCGUAUUGUGUGGGACCUAUUUCCAGAAGGAAAACUAGUCAGAUUUGUUGUGAGUGAUACCGCUGCUCAUGUAUUAAAUACUUGGGCUGUAGCACAACAAAACUUAACUUUUAUUUUGAAUGGGCUUUGUCUGAUAGGACCAGUGAGAAGGGGAGCUGGUGGAGAUGUAGUAGGUUUGUGUGCAUCUAUUGAAGCACUAGGUGAACCUUCUCCAAUACAAGCUUCUCGUCCUACAGCUGAAAGACAUUUCCAAAAUCGUGGCAGAAUAAUAUGUAUUACUAGUGCAAGAGAUGAUGAUUCCAUCAGGAGUUUAGCAGAGAUUGCAUUGAACUCAUUAGUACAACAAAACAAAAAAGCUUCCACACCACAACCACCUACUACUACAGAUGCAUCAACAACUCCACAAUCCUUAGUUGUACACUACUGCCAUUUAGUAAUAAUUAAUGUAACACCAGAAAAGGCAGACACAAGAGUCAGCAACCAACCACUCAUUGAGAUGGGAGGUGGCCUUAUGGGCGUGGAAGUGAUAGUUUGUCGUGCAAGUGCCUUAGCUAAUUUAUUGGGACGACUUGUUCUACCACAUUACAGACUUGCUAUUACCACAGUGACUGGCAUUCCUAUGAAGGAAGAACAAAAUGCAAGUUCCAGUGCAAAUUAUGAUGUAGAAAUCAUACAUUCAGCAGAAGCACAUGCGGGACUGAGGGCUUCACAGACAGCACAAGAAGCUACUGAAUCUGUGGUGCUGCGCUGGUGGACGCCGCGCGGCGCGGAGGGCGGCGCGGGCGGCUGCCACGGCCCGCUGUGGCGCGUCACGCCGGCCGACGUGGCGUCGCGCCCCUCCGCCUGCCUCGUCAACUUCCUGCUCAACGGCCGCUCCGUCACGCUGGAGGUGCCCAGGAAAGGAGGCGGGCGGUCCGCGUCGCACGUGCUGGCGGCGCAGGGCGGCGAGCUGUGGAUCGGCGCGCUGGGCGGCCGCACGCCCUACGACGACCCGCCCGCGCUCUCCGAGGGCGCGGGGGGGCGCGUCACCGACUAUAGAAUAAAGGAGUUCGGCGCGCUGAUGCAGCAGAACAAGCUGUGCCCCUUGCGCGGCGCCGGCGCCCCCGCGCGCGCGCGCGCCCGCCUCACGCGCCACACCACCUACUGGCCCCUCACUAUAUCCUCCACGCUCAUAUUUAACUUGGGUUCCGUAAUGGAGCCGUUAACCCGCCUGGUUGUGCAAGAGUCCCUCACAGAAGAGGAGGUAGAGGCGUGCCGCGGCGUGCUGCUGUCUCUGCUGGGCAUGGAGUCCCGCCACGAGUUCCCUGCUUCACAAUUACCGUCUAAUUUGAGAGGCAAGUCGGCGGGGCGCCGCGAGGAGCAGUGGCGGCAGGUGUGGGGCGAGCUGGAGGCGCUGGUGCGCGCGCACGCCGCCGCGCCCGCGCACCGCGCGCUGCUGCGCACGCUGCUCGAGUGCCGCGCGCACAACCACCACGGCGCCGACGGCGACUCUCGCGCUACAGUGAUCCGCGCCACGACGGACUCGCCGCUGUCGCCGACGGGCGCGGGCGCGGGCGGGGGCGCGGCGGGGCGGCGGCGCGGGCGCGGGCGACGUGUGGGCGCCGCGCCACGCGCUGGAGGCGCUGCUGGGCGCGCCGCGGCCGCCGCGCCGCGCCGACUUCGCGGGCCGCAUGGCCGCCGGCGCGCGCGUCGCCACGCUCUACCCGCACCUGCAGCAGGAUGUGGACCCGCAGCACUGAUACUUUGUUUCUUUUCUAAUAAACGUUUUAACUCAAACCUCGUCCUUAAAUUCCAUCGACACCGAAAUGUGGACCCGCAACAUAGAUUGAUACUUAUUUGUGAAAACCUUACAAUCAUUUUUGUAAUUAGCUCG